CGCACCAAUCGGGUUUUCUGACUGCGCGACAGUACCUGGGGAACGGUGGGGAACGGAAAUUCAUCCAUAGCCUUUUUACAUUCGCAGUCAAGUAUGGCUAAGUAAAAACAGAACACUGUUUCAAUCCUGUGUUUUUAUUGUUUCGAACAACUCUCAGGAAAAAACAAAAUAGCGUUAAAAUGCCGUCGCCGCAUUGCUGUGUUCGAACGUGCAGGAAUCAACGUGGAAAAGUUUUCCCAUGAAGAACUAUCCCCUUCUCAAAAAAUGGGUUGCUGCGAUAGACCAGGAUGAAUUUUACCCGACCAAAUAUAGCACCAUUUGCAGCAAACACUUCACACCUGAUGAUUUUCAAAAUCGACCUGCUCCGCUGGCUGUACGUGUUAAAAAAGAGGCAGUGCCAUCAGUUUUUGACAAAACAAAAAAAAGAGCAUUACCUAGGCAAUCGGAAUUACCAAGACUAGAUCGGACCAUGAUUGUCAAGAGAGAAGCGUUAGAGGUAGAUGAAGAUGUAAAACCACCAAAAGCUAUGCGUUAUUACACAGAUGAAAUUGUGAAGUUAGAAGCCCCAAAAGUCAAGGUUGAAUAUAGUCCCAGCAGUAGCUCUGAAGUCGAAAUAAUCCUAGAUAUGGACGAAGCUGAAUUACUAAAUGAAGGGCUGUGGAAGAAGCGUAAGAGAAAGAAAAAGAUUUACAGCAUAUGUGAACGAGCAAUCAAUUAGCAGUAAUGAUCUUAAACAUCUCUCAAUUUCACAAUCCAUUGUCAAUUUCAACAAAUACGGUCGAUGAUUUAAUAAUUCUUUGUUUGCUAAUCAAGUAAAUGCACUCAUAUUAGAGAUUUAGUGUUUGUCAGAUGUUCAGGCAGAACUAAGAAAACAGCAUAUACUGUGAACUAAGUAUUGAUAAACAAGACGCGAUAUGAGGCGAAUAGGAUGAAGUAACUUGUUUUCUUUUUUUAGUAUGCAUCAUUCAGAAUCUGUUUUAAUUGUAAGCAUGAACAUCUCAUAAAUUAAUCAUGGAAAUAAUUGCAUUUGUUGAGAAAACCAACCUAAAUGUAUAAUCGGAUUGUAAAGAUGAUGAUGUUCAGUGAAAUGCUCCCAAUAAAUAGGUUUGGGACAGUUGCUUAUCUUUAGGUCAUGUAUUCUCGCUGUACAAAAUUUCCAGCUUGUCAAUUUUUUGUAUUGAUCUUAUUUUUUUUAAAUAUUUUUUGACGAAUAAGUGGGACUAAUAUGAGUAUUUCUAAACGACUAAAAAUCUGGCAUUACAGCAAUUUAUGUUGAUGAUGAAAAUGGGACUUGUUCCCCAAGAUGUUUUUUAGACGUCUUGACUGGAAGUGCAAGGUAGAAAUUUCGAAGUAUACAUUUUUUCGAUAAAAAUGAUUACUGGUUAUUUGAAGGUAACUUUUUUUUAUUAUUGUGAUUAUAUUAUGUUAUCGAUUAUACUGGAGGUUCACAUUUUUCUUUCAAAUUGGCGAUUCGAUUAUCCAUAAUAAAAUGACGAAAAAUAAA